AUGGCUGAGUUCAAGUCGGUGAGAGCCAUGAUUGGAGUAGAAAUCAGCCCAAAAUGUCUUUCAAAUCCACAGAGGGCUGUAUGUGCAAAGGUUGCAUCGCACAUGCUGGUUUAUUCGUCGAAAAUCAAUGCCAUACCACUUUCGUUUUCUAUCAUAGACAUAGGCAGCAUAGGAUGCAUAUCUUCAGACUCUGGCGAUGUUCUAGUCCCGGUAACUGUAGAAUACAUUGUGUUUACUCUACUAGAGGACCAACAAAUAAUGUCCAUAGAUGGGCGUGCGUUCGGCAUUUUCCAAACAGAAGUUGAUGGAAAUACAGACUACACAGGGAUACUCAGAAUAAAGCAGAUACAGUCAAAUCCAAAAUCGUUAUCCAUGACCAUAUCAGGUGUCAUACCUGGCUGA